CUUCUAAAAUUGAAAUAAACGAAAGGAAAUGAAAAAGGCGGGCAGUGGAAGGGCUAAUCAAAAUUGUGAAGGCGAUAAUGGCGACUUCUUCUUCUACACCUUCAGUUCUCUUCACCAAUCCAGUCCCCAUAAUCAUCUCAAGAUCAUCUCCUGAAGUUGUGGUUAGGGUUCCUUCCAAAACCUUGAGAUCUCUUCACCUCAGCUUCAGGCGAAACCCCAAUGGUUCCACGAGAUUGAAUGCGGCUGGAUUGUCUGAGAUAGAACCGGAUCUCAACGAAGACAAAGUUGAUCGUUGGAGGACUAAUGGAGUCAGUCCUGAAGAUUAUGUUUAUGGAGAGUACGAUGGGCACCAUACUUAUCAUGAGGGCCAUGAAAAAGGAACCUUUUGGGGAGCAAUUGCAGAAGAUUAUGCAGCUACAGAGCCCCCUACGGGUUUCCAGGGUCUCAUUUCAUGGAUUUUCCCUCCUGCAGUGGCUCUUGGUUAUGCAUACCAUGUCCCGGGGGACUACUUAUUCAUUGGAGCAGCCGUUUUUGUGGUAAUAUUUUGCAUGAUUGAGAUGGGAAAACCAGAUAAACCCCAUAACUUUGAGCCUCAAAUCUACAAUAUGGAGAGGGGAGCUCGUGAUAAACUAAUAGCUGAUUACAACACAAUGGACAUAUGGGAUUUCAAUGAGAAAUAUGGUGACCUUUGGGAUUUCACUGUGAAGAAAGACAACAUAGAAAAAAGAUAAACAUUUAGCACACAGGACAGAAUUAGGAGAUCCUUUCAGAGGGUUGUACAUUCGUGUUGGAUAUAUUGCUGAGGUUGUUUCUGCAGAUGAAGGUAGGUGUAAUGGAACACAUUUCGAUUGAGAUCAUGAAGGUUUUGUUUAUACAUCUGUUAAUAUCGAAUGUCACUAUUCAUUUAUGUACGGAAAUUCAUAGGGUAGAAUUUUGUAAAUUAUCAUCACAAAAAUUUGUUAGAACUUCACUUUUCAUAUAAAUGCUUUUUCAUAUUCUUAUGGGAAUAA